ACAAGGCCUAGAAAUAAAUGUCACUAGUAAUUCAAAACGAAUCGUUUCCUUCUCCUAUUCGUGUCUUCUUCUUCGUCUCUUUAGACACUUAGAGCCAGCCGCCGCCAAAGAACCACCGGUGCCGCCACACGAUAGGAUAGGAACUCGCCGAGGAAUUACAGAACAUUUCUGAAACUGAACAUAAAACUUUUAAUACUAAAAGCAACUGCUUCAUAUUGUGGAUCGUGAGAACCAAAAAUUAAUGGCAGGCGGCAAGAUCAAGAAAGAGAAGGUGAAGCAGUCACGGGCACCAUCAAACCACUACCAAGGAGGCAUAUCCUUCCACAAAUCAAAGGGACAACACAUCCUCAAAAACCCCUUACUAGUUGACACCAUAGUCGAAAAGUCAGGGAUUAAGAGCACUGAUGUUAUUCUUGAGAUUGGUCCUGGUACCGGAAAUCUCACUAAGAAGCUUCUAGAAGCUGGAAAGAUGGUUAUUGCUGUUGAACUCGAUCCCCGUAUGGUUCUUGAGCUCCAGCGCCGCUUUCAGGGAACCCCUAUGUCCAAUCGAUUAAAGGUUAUUCAGGGUGAUGUUCUCAAGACUGAUCUUCCCUAUUUCGAUAUAUGUGUAGCCAACAUCCCUUAUCAAAUAUCUUCCCCCCUCACAUUCAAAUUACUGAAUCACCAACCUUCUUUCCGAUGUGCUAUCAUAAUGUUUCAGAGGGAAUUUGCAAUGAGACUUGUAGCCCAACCAGGUGAUACUCUCUAUUGUCGUUUGUCUGUGAACACUCAACUCUAUGCCAGAGUUUCCCACCUCCUUAAAGUUGGAAAGAACAAUUUCAGGCCUCCGCCUAAGGUGGAUUCUUCUGUGGUACGAAUUGAGCCCAGGAAACCCCGUCCGCAAGUUAAUGCUAAGGAAUGGGAUGGAUUUAUAAGAAUAUGUUUCAUUCGAAAGAACAAGACUCUUGGCUCUAUUUUUAGGAUUAAAAAUGUAUUGUCUUUGCUUGAAAAGAACUACAAGACUCUGCAGGCGUUGCAUUCUUCUCAAAAUGCUUCUUACGAAGCUGCUGAUAUGGAUAUUUCGGGAUUGGGAGAUUGUAAGGAGGAUCAGAGUAUGGAAUUGGAUGAUGGAAGCGGUGAUGAAAUGGAGGUUGAGGAUGGUGAUGCGGAUUCUGGGAUGUCUGAGUUUAAAGAGAAAGUUCUAGCAGUGUUAAAAGAGAGGAAUUUUUAUGAAAGGAGAUCAUCUAAAUUCACACAAGAGGAGUUCUUAUAUUUACUCUCCCGAUUCAAUAUGGCUGGCAUUCACUUCUCUUAAUCACUGGAGGUUUAGUGUUCUUUUCUUUUUUGUUAAUCUGUUGAAGUUUUGCCCAAAUUUUGUUUCGCAUAUUGGUCAACCUAAAGUCUUAUUUAUAGUAUCCUAUAAUGUGGUUGUGCCUGAAAGUUUUCCUGGAUGCAAUAGCUCCUGAAAUUACCUGUUAUUUUA